AUGGCUUCACCCGCGGCUCCGCAAACAUGGGGUCAUGACUUCGAGGAAGGUCGCGAGACGAAGCGCGUUCGUCUUUCUGAACCACCACAUCACACUCCCACACCGGCACCGGAAGGCGAGCCUGAGGUCGACAGUGACUUGGAACCGGAACAAGACGUGGCACACGAGCUCGAGCACGAGAACGGGCACGAAGAGCCAGACGGCGCGCAGAAGAAGAAGGAGAAGAAGAAGCGCGUACGAACCGACCGUGAUCGUGAACGGGACCGCGAACGGCGCCGCGAACGAGAUCGUGCAAGGCGCGCGAGGCAAGCCGCUCAGCGGGAAGAAGCGAAGGCCGCCGCAGCAGCUGGAGCUGAGGCUUCUGCUGGGCCCGAAGAAGUACAGUCCGAGGACGGGGAGUACUGCAUCUGCCGUGGUGCGGCUGAGGGCGGCACAAUGGUCGGCUGCGAGACAUGCGAUAACUGGUUCCACCCCGCUUGCGUGGGGCUCGACGAGGCGCAGGUAGACAUGCUCGACGUGUAUAUCUGCGCAGCAUGCGAGGCGAACACAACGCGGCGCACCUCGUACCGCAAGAUGUGUAAGGCAGGGUGCGGCAAGGGGGCAAGAAGUACAUCAAAUCGCUGCGCGUUUGCGCACGCCCGUACCAUCCUGUCCAAUGUGGAUAAGAAGGACGCGAAAGCCCUUGGAGUCGCCCUCACUGCCUAUCCCACCCCGGCCCCCAGUAUCACGCAAGGUGACCACGACCGCGCUGUUCUCGAGGCGUCCCAGGAUGCAGCGACGCUCGCACUCCUCUCCUCUCUGCGAAAGCAGAGUGCUGACGCCGAGCGGGCCCUCGCCAUCAUCGCGCGGCGGCAAGCGAUACUCGCAGCUGCGGUGGGCGUGUGGGAGAGCUUUGCGCCGGGCCUCGUUGAGGAACCCAAAAAGCGCAGCAAAAACAAGAAGCGGGACGGGGAGAAGGAUCCACGGCCGUGUGGUUACGACCCGAGACUGAUAUGGAGCGACGCGGAGGUUGCCGCCUGGGACGGGAGUGAGAGAGAGGCGACUCCGCCCCGCAAGGACGAGGAAGGGCUUGAGGGGGAGGAUAGAGUCAAGGAGACAGCCCUCGAGCGUGCGGCUAGGCUUGGCCUCUGUGCCGUCGGACGCCGAUGCGAACGGCACGCCGGGUGGCAGAAGACACUCGCUGUGGCUCUUGAGGUGGAGGCUACACAGCUCAGUCGACGGCGGGACGACCUCGCCACGUUGGGCGAGCGGGUCGAGCGCGCAGGUACGACGACUGUCGCAGCGCGCCGAGCACGGGAUGGGGUGCGCGCUGCGCUCGCGGCGAAGAAGUAG